UCAUCAGGGCGCGCCGCAGUGACGACUGCAGCUCGGGGAGUCCUCGUGUGUUGUGCUGUGUUAUUUUAUCGUAUUAAAUUUGUACUAAAAUAACCAAUGAGCUCUCAAAUAACGUGUGUCGGGUGGGUGAAGCGCGGAGUCGCUAAAGAAACGCCGGAUAAAGUUGAGUUGAGCAAGGAAGAGCUGCAACGCAUCAUAUCGGAGGCUAAAGAAGAGUUAGGGGAUCCCGGUGAUGAUGAGGAGGAGGUUGAUGAAGGUGUGGCCAGUGGUCUGGACGUCAGUGAAGAGGCAUCAGCUGCUCCCUCUGUUAGUGAAGAAAUAAAAGAGGAGAAAGAUAAGGAAGAGGAUGAUGAGCUUGCAGAGUACGGGCUGGACAAUUAUGAUGAAGAAGACAUCGCUACAUCAAAUCUUGGAGAUAGUCUGGCAGGACUGACAGUUUUUGGCACCAAUGAAGAGGAUCCAUACAUCACCAUUAAAGACACAGAUCAGUACGAGAGGGAGGAUUUUCAGAUUAAAGCCACUGAUAACCUGAUUCUAGCUGGACGCGCUGAGAAAGACUGCUGUAACCUGGAGGUUUAUGUGUUUAACUCAGAGGAAGACUCUCUGUAUGUGCAUCAUGACAUCCUGCUGCCCGCGUAUCCGCUGUGUGUGGAGUGGCUGAACUUUGACCCCAAUCCAGAGGAAGGACAAGGGAAUUACGCGGCCGUAGGAAACAUGACGCCUGUGAUUGACGUCUGGGAUCUGGAUGUGGUGGACUGUUUGGAGCCGGCCUUCUCACUUGGCACCAAGCAGAAGAAGAAAAAGAAGAAAGCAAAGAAGGCGGCUGAACCCGUUGAAGGACACACGGAUGCUGUGAUGGAUCUGUCCUGGAACAGACUGGUCAGGAAUGUUCUAGCGAGUGGGUCUGCAGAUGAGACCGUGAUCCUGUGGGAUAUGGAGAAGGGAAAACCAGCAGCGACCCUCACAAAACACACAGAUAAGGUUCAGACGCUGAAUUUCCAUCCGUUUGAGGCUCAAACUCUCAUCAGUGGAUCAUACGACAAGUCUGCGAUUCUGUACGACUGCCGCAGUCCAAACGACAGCCAUCGGAUCUGGCGCUUCAGUGGGCAGGUGGAGCGCGUCAUUUGGGAUCAUUUCUCUCCGUGCAACUUCCUGGCGAGUACAGAGGACGGCUUCAUUUAUUGUCUGGAUGCUCGUUCGGAUAAACCCGUGUUCACACUCAGAGCUCACGAUGGAGAAGUUUCAGGGAUGGACCUGAGCAGUCAGAUCCGUGGCUGUCUGGUCACGUCUUCAGCGGACAAACACGUAAAGAUCUGGGACAUCCUGGGAAACAAACCCACCCUGAUCCACUCCAGAGACAUGAAGAUGGGUGUUUUGUUCUGCGGCUCCUGUUGUCCGGAUCAGCCGUUCGUCUAUGUGUUUGGAGGACAGAAGGACGGGCUGCGCGUCUGGGACAUCAGCGAUGUUGCUGCAGUCAAGGAGGCUUUUGGUGGUCGGGAACGUUUGGUGGCGAAUACAGUAUCCGGAGCGUCCGGCAGUGACAUGGACGUCUCAUAAUGACCAAUGUUAUGUGACACUGAAUGAUCGACACACAGAAGAAUGAUGGAUCAGUGCUUCAUAAUGAACAAUAUGAACAGCGUCUGUCGAUAUACAGAACAGAUUUAUCUUCUGAAAAGAUAUAUAUGUGCUGAUGUCUUUGACAAAUGUUUGGAGCUGCUUUCCUUUGAGGGAAUCUUGAUGAUCAUGCUUUCUCUCCGUAUUUCCUCUUUUUAGGAAGUGUAUAAAGAAUUAUGAUAAAUAAUUCCCAAUAUAAAAAGGCAUUUGUCUCACUCUGUAUUUCCAAAUUAAUUCUGUGCACAUUUAACUAUUCCACACUGAACAAUUCUGAAAAACAAGUGCUUUAAUAAUUUCAGAAAUUAAUCAUAGAAUAAAAUGAAGUUAAUUGCUAUAGCGGUGCUUUGCUGCCCUCCGGUGGCUAAUUGCGUUACUGCACGUUUUUUGUAAGUUUAUUUUCCCCCUUUAAAAUACUAUGUUAAUAAUCUUAGUCAAAACUAAUUGGCUUAAUUAUUAAUAUUAAUAUUUAAUUUUAUGCUGAUGCUCCGUGAUUAUCCAUGUAAUAUAAUUAUCGUGGGAAAUUGGAACCGCGACUGGCAUUGUGGCCGCCAGAGGGCGCGCCAUGCAUAAGAAAAGUAUAUAAAUUACAACACAUAGGUUAAUAACAAUAAUAAAUGCCAAAAGACUUAUCUUAAUGAAACGAUGAAAGAUUUGAAUUUCUUUUACCUCACAGUAAAGUAAUUUUUUUUCUAAAAAAGUCUUUAUUUUUAUAGUGGUGGUUUGUAACGCGUGUUAUGCUGCCUCCUAGUGGGCGGUGAGGUAUUGCUAGACCAAUUUAUUUUACGUGUAAUAAUUAUUAAACGGUAUUCUCACAACAAAUCUGAAUAAAAUAAAUAUUCUACCAUUUUUA